GAUCCUGUGGCUAGUUUUAUUGUGUCGAAUGGUAGGAUGGUUGAUGAGUUAUGGAGUGGAAGGAAACUGUCGUUGCCUAGUCGAGAAACUGUCCAGGAUUUUUCCUGGAGGUACUGAGGAAACCAACGAAAACCAUCAAUCUGAAUAUCCGGUGGCCCGGCAGAGAUUCGACCUAGUGCCUCCCGUGUACGAGUGUAGAUUGUUAGCGAUUCGCCAGCCCUUUCGGUAAAGUGGGAUUAAUGGCUGAAGGUGCUGUUUGGCGUAGAACUAUGUGCAGAAUAUGCAGUGAUGACGGGCGAAAAGCGAGGUUGGCAGAUAUGGCUACAGAAGAUGGCACAGGCCGUGCAUCCUCAGAUCAUAGGCUGCAGCUGCUUCAAGAGAUGCGAGGCCAGAACUUUGAUAUGAUAAGAUUUGCUUCGUAUCGUACAGCUUGCAAGCUACGGUUUAUGCAGAAGAAGGCCAAUCUCCACGCUGUGGAUAUCUGGAAUGUGAUUGAAGCUUUCCGAGAAAAUGGACUGAAUACACUGGAACCUCAAACAGAGGUGAACGUAUCACGACUGGAGACACUGGUAUCCAGUCUGUACCAUAACCUUAAUAAGAGGCUUCCAGUAGCACAGCAGGUUCAUGUGGAGUCCUGCUCUAGCCUCCUGCUGAACUGGUUACUGGCUGCUUAUUCUGUGGAAAAUGUGGGUAAAAUCCGAGUGUUUUCCAUCAAAGUUGCAUUAGCUACGAUGUGUGCAGGAAAGCUCAUGGAUAAAUUAAGAUACAUCUUCUCUCAGAUCUCUGAUGGAAAUGGUCACAUGGUUGUGUGGAGGUUUGCUGAAUAUCUGCAAGAGGUAUUAGCACUGCCAGCAGCAGUAUAUGAAUCACCAUCAUUCAAUUACACAGAGGGACUUGCCACAUCUAUAUUUCCAGGGGGUGGGAAGGUGACAGUCAAUGACUUCAUGGACACUAUGAUGUCAGAUCCUGGGCCGCCCUGCCUGGUAUGGCUUCCACUGUUACAUCGCCUUGCCAGUGUAGAAACUGUUGUUCACCCUAUGGCCUGUGAUGCAUGUCAGAGGGAAGGAUUCUCAGGUUUUCGCUACAAAUGCCAGAAGUGUCACAGUUACCAACUGUGUCAAGACUGCUUCUGGCGUGGUCGCAUCUCUGGUUCACAUACAAAUGAACAUGAAGUCAAGGAGUACACAACUUAUAAAUCUCCAAGUAAGCAGAUUGGUCACUCUUUGCGCAAGUCAUUCCGCUGUGUGCCUGAGAAGGGUAAGCCAAACAUCCCACGCUUUCCAGAAGAGCCAGAGAAAACACUCAACCUCUCCCAUAUAGUUCCUCCAUCUCCAUUGCCGUCCCAUAAUGGUUUUCCUGAGAGUUCCUUUGCUUCGCCAUUUGAUGGAGGCUCAAUGGAUAGCCGUUCCACAGGCAGAAGUGGUUUGUGUUCAAGCAGCCCAGGGCGAUACACAUCAAGUCUAGAGUCGACGCGUCUAGACGAUGAGCACCGUCUGAUUGCGAGAUACGCUGCUCGCCUUGCUGCUGAAGCCAGAACAGUGGUGCAACCUCAAGUACAAAGGACAGUACCAGUUCCACGCACAGUAGGUCGUGCUCCAUCAGAAGGCAGCUUGAGCCUGGAUACAUCACGUGCACAAAGGGAGCUCAUCAGUCAGUUGGAAGCAAAGAACCGGGAGAUAAUGCGCGAGAUAGCAAGGUUAAGACGCCAGCAAGAACUUGAGGCGGCUGGCAUAGGACCAGGGGCGACAGGUGAAGAGAACCCUGCACUGAUGGCUGAGCUGCGUGCUUUGAGGCAGAGAAAAGAUGAGCUGGAGAGCCAUUUGGGAACACUGCAGGAUUCACGUAGACAGCUUAUGGUGCAGCUGGAGGGCCUUAUGAAACUGCUCAAGAAUCAUCAGGCUUCCCCUCGAUCGACACCCAAUUCAUCGCCGCGUUCCACAAAGUCUCCUCCACUUCCUCCAGGAGCUCCAUCUUCUCGCUCGGCUCCUCCCACCCCAGGAGGUCAACUCCAGCCGUCAAUGAUGGCCUCUUUGGGAACAGGAGCUGACUCUUUAACAGGGGUUGGAGGAGAUGUGAGGUCUGCUUUUGGGACAUCAUCGUCCCUCAUAGGAACAUCUUCAUCUUCUCUGGCUGGUUCAGGCAGUAAUUCAGCUGCCGGAACAAACAGCAGCGGACGAAGCCUUCGUAAUGAUCUCUUGGUUGCAGCAGAUUCUGUUACUAAUGCCAUGUCCACAUUGGUUCGAGAACUCAACUCAGAGGGCUCUGAUCAGGAGGAUGCAGAUGAGAACAUCAGAAAACCACUCGACUUUGAAACAGAAGAUGGAGGAGAGUGUGAUGGACCUGGCACUACUGCUGCUCUGUGGAGAGAGGAAAUUCGUAAACGUUAUGAACAAGAGUCGCAAUUCAUUGCUGAAUUGAGGGCACGUAACCUUGGAAACGGGCAGGAUUUUGAAGAUAAGAAUGCAGAUGGCAAGGCAGUUGAAGGUGCAGAUCUGUAUGACCACCAAUCGCUUUCUAUUAGACGACGAGUGAGUGGCCUCACAGAUGAGGACAGCUACAAAGAUGAUGAAGAUUCAUACGUCCGGACAACAGAUGAUGAUGACGGAGGUGGCACAGAUUGGGAGGAGGCCAUGAAGAGAUGGGUAAACCGAUAGAAUGCAGUGGGCAGCUGGGGGGGGGGCACAGUACAGAGAGCAAGGAGACAGCAGGCGCUAUACCACCACUUUAUAUUGCUUCAUGCAUUGCAACAGAUACAGAAUGUUAACAAGAAAACUGAGACUUGCAGUGUGAAGUGCUUCUGUUUCAUAUUCAGCAGCUUCCUGGUUCAAAAUGUAGCUACAAGGCUAUUUUCAUAGCGCCAAAAAUUUAUAUCGGAUCUUCUGGGUUAUGACACCAUGUGGUCUUGUACCUAUGAGGCUGCACUGUUUUGUCACCUGGAAGACAACAGUCCAGAGACAUUUUAAUCAAUUUCUCCUUUAGAAAACAUUCCUUAAAUAUGCUGUGGCCAUGUCUUGAGACUUCCUUUGUAGUUCAUUAUUAGUGGACUGCAAUGUAACCUCUGCAGUUGAUAGAGCAGCAUUAAGUAAAUGUAUUGUAUAUUGUAGAUACUUAGUUCAUAGCUAAUCAUUCUCACUGACGGUUUACAUAGGUUUUAUCAUUUAUGCCAAGUAGAAACAAUACUACAUUAUGAAUCAAGCAGUCAAGGUAAGUAUUUAAUCUGAGAAAUUCGCUUUCGUUUUCACAUGGUCACAAUAACAUUAGUCUAGAAGUCACAUUCAGCACUUCUAUUAUCUUACUUUGUCUGGUUGGCACUUCUGGGCUCGUAUCUGUAAUGCAGAACUUAAAUAAUCACAUGUUUCCUUCAUUUCAUUGUAGGGUAAGAGCACCUCCAUUUGGCCUCUUAAGUUUAAACAGUUGCACCAAGAGUAAAAUGUGUUCAGUAUGUACAGGACUAGAGUUUUCUUAUGCCAGUAUGCAAACCAGCAGAAAGUUGAAGAAAGCAGUCUUCUGGGAUUUGGCACCGUGUAUAUGUGGUGUUAACCGACGUUUCAGAGGAACGUA